UCCAAAAUGAGAGGCUUGACUUAGCUUUGCCAUCUAUAAAGAGAUGAUGGUGAAAACAACUUCAUUGCUCCCAACCUUCAUUUCCAACUCUUUCUUUCUCUCACAUUCGACCUCUCUCUAAUCUCCGAACAAUUUGAGAGUAUCCUCUCUGAUCACUUUCUUAUUAUAUUGGUUUUCUCUUCUCCAUUCUCACGCGUCUCUUUGUAUCUCAGCUCACGGAAGCAGAAAAGCAUCUUUCCUUCCGACUUCCUCCCUUAGAUUGCCAUGCACGAAGGGCAGAGUCACGGGCAAUCUUUUGCGAUGCUUGCUCCUUCGUUCAGAUGUCCAACACCCACAGGACGAGGUAGCGAGCGAUAUGAUGUAUUCUUGAGCUUUAGAGGCUCAGAUACCCGCAAGGCAUUCGCUGAUCACCUCUAUCACGGACUCGUCAAGGCUGGGACUGUACCAAUUUUUGUGUUCAGGGACAAAGAUAGCAUCCCAAUCGGCAAGGAAUUCGGUUCACAGAUUCUUGAUUCCAUCACAUGGUCUAAGAUCUCGAUCCCUAUCAUCUCCGAGAAUUAUGCUUCAAGCAAAUGGUGCCUCCGCGAGCUUGUUCAUAUGAUGGACCGCAAGAAGAGCAUGUCACACACGGUUUUGCCCAUCUUUUACAAAGUGAAACCAUCGGAUGUGCGGUAUCUAGAAGGAAAAUUUGGGGAGGCCUUCCAUUCGAGUAAGAAGAGAUUCGAUGAGAAGGAUAUCCAUGAAGGACAACAAGCACUUUCAGAUGUGAGUUACUUAAAUGGAUGGGAAUCUGAGAAAAUUGCUGACGGGCAUGAAGGAGAACUUGUGGAAAUAGUUAUCGCAAUUGUUUUGAGCAAGUUGCAACAUGAUUUUCAGCUUGAUGUUCCUAAAAACUUAAUUGGAAUUCGUGAUCAUGUGAACACAAUUAGGAAAUGGGUAGACGCCUCUGCCAGUGAUGUUCGCAUGAUUGGAAUUUAUGGCAUGGGUGGGAUUGGCAAAACAACUCUCGCCAAGGUCAUCUACAAUGAGCUGUCGAGUGAAUUUAAGUACCACAGUUUUCUUUCAGAUGUUCAAGAAACAGCUCAUCGCAAUGGUAUCCCUCAUCUACAAAAUCUGCUAAUUAAGGAAAUAGAGCCAACUGAAUGUCAAGUUUCGAACGUUGAUGAGGGAAUUAAUGUGAUCAAAUCAAGAUUGAAAGGGAAAAAGGUUCUCAUUCUUCUAGAUGAUAUAGAUCAUAUGAGUCAACUAAAUGCUUUGGCCGGAGAACGUGAGUGGUUUAUGCCAAGAAGUAUGAUCAUUGUUACAACUAGAUAUAAAGCUAUUCUAGAUCAAUGUGAAUUCAAGGUAGACUACAAGUACGAAUUGAAUGGAUUGGAUGAGAUGCAUUCUUUACUUCUAUUUAACAGACAUGCGUUUCAUAUGGACAAUUCUUCGAGGGAUUUUGAGGAUAUCUCUCGUGAUAUCAUAUCGACCAUGGGUGGACUUCCCUUGGCUCUUGAAGUAAUAGGGUCAUACUUGUAUGAAAAAACAGAUCAAGAAGUAUGGCAUGAUGUGCUAGAGAAAUUAAGGAAAGAACCACAUGCGGAUGUUCAAGAUAAACUGAAGAUAAGUUAUGAUGCACUAGAAGAUGGACAUAAGGAGAUUUUCCUCGAUAUUGCUUGUUUCUUUAUUGGCAAAGACUGCAAAUUCGCCAUUUACAUGUGGAAGGACUUAGGAUUUUAUCCAAGUCAAGGAAUUGAAGAAUUGAAACUAAGGUGCUUAAUAAAAAUUGGAGAUCGUGGUGAGUUAAGGAUGCAUGAUCAAUUGAGAGAUCUCGGAAGGAACAUUGUCAGCCAAGAAGGACCGCUUGAGAAACGUAGCAGAUUAUGGGUCAACAAGGAAGCAUCCGGAGUACUAAUGGGAAAAACGGGAACUAAAAGGAUCCAGGCAAUUUGUCUUGGCGAAUACCAUCCAAAAUUGGGCGAUGUCCCCGCUGACCAUCUUCAGACACACACAAAUGAACAGUUUAAAAACUUACAAAGCUUAAGGUUCCUUCAGCUAAGGCGGGCGGCUUUAAGUGGAGAUUUUGAUAGUGUGUUUUCGGAAUUAAGAUGGCUUCAGUGGGAACCCAACCUAUCUUUUUCGACAACCAAUUUGCAUCUACCGAAAUUAGUGGUGCUACAGUUGUCAAAAAGCAAGAUCACAGAGCAUUGGACAGGAUGGAGUUUAAUCAUGGAGGCAAAGCGGGUGAAAGUUCUCGACCUUCAAUUCUGCGAAGAUUUAACAUGUACUCCCGAUCUCUCGGCUUUCAGAACAUUAGAGAUUCUCAGCUUGCAAUUCUGCAAGAGACUGAUGCAAAUCCACCCAUCUAUCGGCAAAGUCAAGAGCCUCGUAUCCUUAAAUUUGACUGACUGUCAACUACUCUGUGAGCUACCAGAAGAAGUGGGCGAAUUAGUGGAACUAAGAGAACUUAUAUUAGAUAUUACCAGAAUUAGCAAGCUUCCUACAUCAAUUGGUUCUCUGAUAAAGCUGGAGAAGCUAAGUGCCUGGUGUUGUUCGUUAAUAAGAGAAAUCCCUAGCUCAAUUGGGGAUUUACAGAAUUUGCAACAUCUGAUCUUUGAUCAAUCUGGGCUUGAAAUGUUACCUAUUGCUAUUGGAAGGUUGAAAAAACUGCGGACGCUAUAUCUCGAUCGAACAAAGAUAUCUUACCUGCCAGAAAGUAUUCGGAAUCUUUCUUCUCUCCAGGAGCUUCACUUAGCAAACUGUUUGGAGCUCCAAUCGCUACCAGAGCUUCCUUCUAGCUUAACGAAUCUGAUAGCCUCGAGUCAAAGUCCCAGUUUGCCACAGCUUUCUUGCCUUAGCCACCUAGAAAAAUUUAGUCUUCAUUGUUGUCCGCUCGAAUACAUCCCGGAGCUUCCCUCAAGACUCUUGAAACUUUGUGUUUCCUACUGUCAUAAGCUGACGUUGCCUAAGCUUGAGAGGUUCAAGUACUUGGAAGAAUUGGUAGUAUGGAACUGCAACUCCAUUGAAAGAUUGGACCUUUCACGAUUAAAUCGUCUGAAACGAUUAGACGCUAUUGGUUGCGAUAAUCUAGUUGAAAUUCUAUGCCAGGAUAAUUUCUUCUUGAAGGUGAUAGUAAUGUAUGGGUGCAAAUCCAUUGAAAAGCUGAUCCUUCCAGAAUUACACUGUUUGAAGGAAUUAAAGGCUCGCUAUUGUGACAAUAUAGUCGAAAUACGAGGUCUGGAUAGCGCGGAGUUCUUAGAGAAAUUGGAUGUCUCUCAUUGUGGGUCCAUUGAAAGAUUACCUGACUUAUCAUGCUUUGCGACCCUUAAAGAGGUGAACAUCCAUAGCUGUCCCAAUCUGCUUGGUGUUGAGGACCUCGAGAGAUUCACGUCUUAAUGAAGCACAUACAUAUCCCUAUAAAAAUUACCAAACCUGUCGAAAUUUGAAAUUUUGGAGAAUUUCAUGAUGAGACAUUCGCUUGGGGUUACGGAG